AUGUCGGGACCAAGAUAUCCUGCAGUCCUGCCAGAGGACCUGACUCCGGCACAAAAGGUCUUCUACGAUGAGAUGACAGAGAAGAUGAGGAAUGGGCUUGGCUCAACAUUCAAAGUGCGAGGCGAUAAGGGCGAGCUCUUGGGCCCUCUCUCCAUCAUGAUGUAUACUCCUGAGUAUUCAUCGCACACGAUGCGGCUGAACAAGGAGGUAUUGGAACUGCCCAACUUGGAGCCGCCUGUGACGGAGGUCGCCAUCAUGGCUGUCCAGGGGCACUACACGGGCACCUUCGGAGGGUUUCUGACUUACUCGCACUCGAGGAUCAUUGCGAGCAAGGGGCUCCUGACAGAGGAGCAGAUGAAGAAGAUCACGGCGGGCGAGAAACCUGCGGGACUCAGCGAGAAGCAGGAAGUGGCGUUUGACUUGGCAAUGCGGCUGGUCAAAGGUGGAAAGCCGCUGGAGCAGGAUCUCUGGGAGCGAGCUAACGCGGUCUUGGGAAAGGAGCAAACCGUACAGCUCAUCCAGGUUAUCGCAUACUAUAGCCUGCACGGGGUCACGCUGAACGCCGGUAUCAUCGGCGUCCCGGAAGGGGAGAAGCUCUGGGGCAAGAACCUCGUCCGGAUCCUCAACUAUGCAAACUCUUUUGCCUUUAUGCUCUAUGGCUGGGAUGCUGGUGUGAUCAGCGGUGUCCUAGCCAAUCCUGACUUCCUCGAGGCCAUUGGCGGCCCUACUGACUCAAGAUACCUUACCUUCAUUGCGGCGGGUAUUCUCCUUGGUGAUGUCCUGGGUCUCGCCGUCAUUGCCCCCCUGAGUUGGCGUCUUGGAAGGCGUAGGACCGUCAUCUUGUGCUGCUGGACUGCGAUAGUCGGAGUCAUUCUCCAGACAGCAACCCAUUCACCUAUCGAGAUUCUUGUGGGAAGAGUUAUUCUUGGUAUCGCUAAUGGACCUCUUGCUGCUACCACUCCCAUUUACGUACAAGAGGCCAAUGUGAUGCACAAGAAGCGGACCGUCGACACGAUGGUCAUGGUGCUCUGGGGCAUUGGUGGCAUCGCUGCUGCGGCUUGGUUCAACUACGGGAUGCUGAAAGCGCCAUCCCCAGACGCUUGGCGCGUGUCGUUGGCCAUGCAAGCCUUCUUCCUCGUCGUCGCCUUGAUCCUAGUUCAUGGCUGCCCGGACUCUCCAAGAUGGCUCCUGGCCCGCGGGAGAGAGGCAGAAGCCGAUUCUGCGCUUCAACGCCUCAUGGACUGUACCGAUCAAGACGAAAGGUUUCUCAGUGUGAAGGAUAGCCUGGAAACAUCUAUCCGCCUGGAGCGAGAGGGCACAAAGCGGCUGACCCUCAAGAUCCUGUUCACCGGCGAUGGCAGCCGGACCAAGAACGUGCGACGAAUCUGGAUUGGCAUCUUGAUCAACAUCGCUGGCCCAUUCUUCGGUACCUCGCUGAUCAUGUUCUAUGGGCAAGCGUUGCUUCAAGGAGUUGGUCUGAAGGGUGACACGGUCACCUUGGCUCUCGCCGCUAUCAACACGGGUGUCCCCAUAGGAAUGGCGCUCAGCUUUGCGAUUCUCCCUCGCUGGGGAAGGCGCCCGAUGCUUUGUUGGGGCGGAACGGCCCUCACCAUGCUAAUGUGCAUCUACACUGGACUGACGAACAUCAAGAAUCCGUCAACGGGUGUUCAAUGGGCCGCUGUCGUCGUCCUUAUUAUCUUCAACGUGAUCAAUGGUGCGAGCUGGAUCUGGCUUGCUUUCCUCUAUGCUGUCGAGAUUCUACCGCUUCAGUAUCGAAGCCAAGUUCAGUCUGCAUCCAACAUGGUCUUUUGGUUUGUCGCCUUCCUUGCCGUCUACUUCGGCGGCCAGGCUGCGAGCGAUCCAAACAUCGGCGCCCUCAUCUACAUCUGGUUCUGCAUUGGGGGCGGUAUCAUUACAGCCCUGGCUUGGGUAUUCGUUGUCGAGACCAAGGACCUCACGCUCGAGGAGAUCGACUUACUGUGGGCCGAUGAGGAGUUCAAAAACUCGCACCAGUCUCACCGCCAUCUUCAUGCACUCCAUGGCUCGGAACCCGAUCUCAAGGAUGCAGAAGAUCUCGAGAAAGCUGGCGAUGUCAAGGUAAAAGCCGAGAGUGGGGUAUCAAACUGA